CUUUUCCAAUUCUCCUUAUUCAUCUUUAUGGUAUCAAGAGCUACAUCUCUCACGAGCUGAUUUUUUUUCCGUCACCAUGAACGUCGACGCCACCACCCCCAUCGUGCACCUAACUGCCACCACUCACUUUCCCAUCAAACUCACCGCCAACAACUUCCCUGUUUGGAAAUGCCAAGUUCAGUCCGCUCUUAUCGGACUGGGACUUGAUGGAUAUCUCACCGGUACCACCGCCGUACCAGAAUUGUUCAUUGGUGCAGACAAAUCCCAAGUGAACCCGGCCUACCAAGUUUGGUACCGCCAAGCUAAGAUGCUACUCAGCGCACUUCUGGGCAGCUGUUCGGACACCAUUCAACCCACCAUCUCAUCCGCUGUCACCGCAAAACAUGCAUGGGACAAACUGGCCGCCACCUUUGCUAGCGCAUCACGUGGCCGUAUCAUCUCUCUCAAGACGGCCCUAUCUCGGACAACCAAAGGCUCCAACUCUAUCACCACCUAUUUGGCCGAAAUGCAAGGGCUUGCAGAUGCUCUAGCCUUGGCUCAAAAUCCGAUUUCGGAUGAGGAUUUGGUCAUUAACAUUCUCAAUGGACUCGGACCAGAGUAUAACGAGAUUGCAUCAGCAAUCCGGGUUCGUGACUCCCCUCUCCCCCUUGCUGAACUCCAAGAUAUUUUGCUGGAAUUUGAGACCCGCAAACAGGCACAGAACAAAGAUGUUGAAGCACUCAUCCCUUCGGUCAAUGCAACUCGGGUCACCCCUCGGCAAACUUACUCUGACCGUCCCUAUGCUCCCGCAUAUGAGCGGCGCACUCCUGCCACCCGCCGUGGCCGCGGAUCCUAUGGGGGUAGUCCUCUGCCGCGCUCAACCUCCACGGUUGUAUGCAAAUUUUGUGACCAUGUAGGUCAUGACACUAAGGUGUGCCGCAAGCUACAACGGUUUCUACGUGAGAAUAAUAUUGUUCCACCAUCUCCGCCGGCUGUUCAUCACACCACUGCCAACACUACUGCCGCAGCCCCGCAAUGGCUUUGGAGAUGUUUCCACUGCCAACACCACUGCCAACACCACUGAUGUGUCCAAGCUACCCACCUACAGUGACUAUGGAGGCCCAGAAUCUGUCCAGCUUGGUAAUGGACCGGACAACGGGGGCGCUAUUGCUGCGCGGGGAGAACCACAAUGAUCUCUAUCAUGUGCCAGUCUUUCAACCACAAGUCCACCAUUCCACCGCUCUGUCGUCCUCUCUAUGGCAUCAUACACUAGGCCAUCCGUCUGAACGCAUUUUUAAAUUUUUAUCUAGUCAUAAUAAAAAUAUAUCUUGUACUAGUCCUGUUUCUCACUGUAAUUCAUGUCUCAUCAAUAAAAGUACAAAAUUG